AUGCAGUUUUUCCUCUUGGAGCUUCCAUUUGAUUUAUUUGCUAUUACUGUUCUUGUCAAAAGAUGUGCCGGGACUAGAUGGCCAUUUGGGGAACCCUUGUCUACCUGUGCCAGAGUUAGCACUGGUCAGGUCCUAUUGUCUAUUCGUUGCAAGGGUACCAAUGGCAACAAUGAUCAGGAGGCCCCUCGUUUAGCCAAGUUUAAGUUCCUUGUAUAUCAUCAUUGUCUGCAGGAAGUGGGGAUUAUCAGAAUUCAGCCAUACGACCCAUACUUAUCAUGUGAGGUGGAAGUCAGAGUCCUACUCUUGUCAGGAUUUAGUAAAGAAUUUGGAGUUGCUGAUAGCGAUGUACGUGAAUUUCACGUAGUUUUUGUUUGA